UCUGAGCCUAAAACAUUUAUCCACAAAAUGUUAGCCAUCUGAUUACAUAAAGCUGAUUGUAAACCAUCCAGUUUAAUCAGAAUACUUCAGUCAAGGUGUCAUGUGUCACAACCCACUGCGCUUCACAAUAGGGAAGUAACUGCACUUCCUAUUUCCUCAGCGCUACUGCUGUCUACUGACUAAACCAGAAAUCGAGAGGAUGAGAAACGAAAGGUACACGUUUGACGCACGGUUUAUAAAUGAAUAUGAGCAGUAAAUGACACAGAUUGUCCGGUUCGGAUCCAGUUCUGCGCGCGCAAUGGGAGCGUCGCGCGUGCGGGCGGUAGUUUGAUAAAACAGCGACUUCUGUAAGUUUUAUAUGUUGGUGGCUGAAGACGAUUCAAGAUGAAGAAACAGUUCAACCGCAUGAAACAGCUCGCCAACCAGACCGUUGGCAGAGCAGAGAAGACAGAAGUACUGAGUGAUGACCUUCUUAUGAUUGAGCGGCGCCUUGAAAAUGUGCGAUUGGUCUCCCAUAAUGUGCACAAAAAGAUGGUCAUGUGUCUGCAGGGUAACGUGGGCUCAGAUGUGGACAAGAGACAUAAAAAGCUUCCUCUCACAGCCCUUUCACAAUCCAUGCAGGAUGGAGGAAGUCAGCUCGGAGACGAGUCCUUCAUCGGAAAGAUGAUGGACGUCUGUGGAGAAGCUGAAAACAAACUGGCCUUGGAGCAGAGCCAACAUGAAGUUCAGCUGGAGAGAGAUAUUCUGGAGCCUCUCAACCAGCUGGCGGAGGUGGAUAUUCCUAAUAUCCUGAAGCAGAGGAAACAUUUAGCCAAGCUUGUGUUGGAUUUUGAUUCUGUAAAAGCCAGGUAUCAGCAGGCCACAAAGGCGUUUCCGUCAGCUGCAAAUGCUCAAGCAAUGGCUGCCAAAGUUGACACACUUAAGGAGGAGAUGGAUGAAGCUCAAAACAAAAUGGAAAUUUGCAAGGAUCAAGUUGCAGCAGAUAUGUACAGCUUUUCCUCCAAGGAAGGAGAAUAUGCUUGCUAUUAUGUGUUGUUAUUAGAAGCCCAAGCUGAAUACCACAGAAGAGCUUUGGCGUCCAUCGAGAGCGUCCUGCCCACCAUACAGUCACAGCAAGAUAAAUGGACAGAGAAGCCAGCGUUUGGCACGGCUCUGGAAGAACAUCUGAAACGCACUAGCAGAGAGAUUGCUCUGCCCAUGGAGGCCUGCGUUAUGAUGCUACUGGAAACCGGCAUGCAAGAAGAGGGUUUGUUCCGUAUCGCUGCCGGAGCCUCUAAACUGAAGAAGUUAAAGGCGGCACUGGACUGUUCCACUUCCCAACUGGAGGAGUUUUACUCUGACCCUCAUGCUGUAGCCGGAGCCCUCAAAUCUUACCUGAGGGAGCUGCCUGAACCUCUGAUGACCUACCAGCUGUAUGAAGAGUGGAUCCAAGCCUCAAAUAUCUCUGACCCUGAUAAGAGGCUUCAGGCGCUGUGGGUGGUGUGUGACAUGUUACCAAAGGCCAACAAGACCAACUUUAGGUACCUGGUCAAGUUUCUUGCAAAGCUUGCUCUGGAAAGUGACGUAAAUAAGAUGACAGCGAGCAACAUCGCCAUCGUACUGGGACCCAAUUUACUGUGGGCCAAGACAGAGGGAAGCCUGGCUGAGAUGGCAGCUACUACCUCUGUCCAUGUCGUGUCUAUAAUAGAACUGAUAAUCAACCAUGCUAGCUGGUUCUUCCCUGAAGAUGUGGACUUCAACGUCUCAGGCAUGUUUGCUAUGCCUGGGUGCCCGGGGACCCCUGACUCAGAAGCCGGGACCAUAGACAGGAGGCGCCCAGGCAGCCAGGGGUCGUUCGAUUCUGACACAUCCCGCAAAGACAGCCCUGCUAACAAACAGCCGGAAAUCGCCCCUCGUAGAGCUGGCACAGUAAAUAAAAAGCAGCACUCCAUGCCUACCUUCCAGCCCCCUCUGCCUCCCAUUGACGAUGGGGGGGUUCCCGUGUUUGAGCCCUCCCCUCUGUCGCCCACUGGCGGGGGUCUGGAGGCUGGACAGGCUGGAGCUGCGCUUCCUCAGACCCAUCAGCCUUUAGUUCAGCAGACUGCGGAGAACAGUAACAUCGCCCGAGAUCCUGCAUCCACACCCCCUGCCAUGAGGAACGGCCCGGGAGGUUUGAGUGGGACGCCCGCUCAGCUGAAUGUGGUGACCCCUACCUCAGGUCCUAAGGGCCCCAGUCCAUUCUUGGGCCGCAGAGGUACAAAGAAACAAGCUCCAGCACCUCCCAAACUGGCCGCCCCUCCCACACCUCAGAGCGUAAAAGCGGCACCUAACCAGCCCACACCAAACCAGCCCUCAGCUCUGAGCACCCCUCAGCCUCUCAUUGCACCCCGCCGCAACAACCAGACCCCCAUCCACGCCCCUAGCCACCCUCCUCCUCAGCCUCCUUCCCAGCCUCCUCCCCAGAGCACAGAAGAAAGUGAACCCUCCCCUCCCAGAACACCCACCCCUCCUGGUACACCUCCUUAUGACGGCUCUCAGCUGCGCCCCAGGCCCACCCCUCGAGCACGACCCAAACCUGCCGGCCCGCCACCACCACAACCACCUAGCGACGGCGCCAACGGCGUCUGUGUUUCUGGAUCCAAGAUUAUCUCAGAUGAAGAUGGAGAUAAAGAGGAGAGAUCUUUGACGGGACCAGGGCUGGAUCUUGUCCCGGAGCUUGAGGAGGAUGAAACCACAGAAACACUCUCAGAAGAUGAACACCAAUCAGAAAACACCGCCCUGUGAGGUGGGCGGAGUCCAGUCUUCACACAGCCAAUGGAAAGCUAUGUUCGUGAUAUAGAAUACUAACAUACUUACUGCAUAGUGUAUUCUUACUGUUGAUUUUAAGGAUGUGAAAGUAUACAAAAUGAAAAACUUUUAAACAUGACCUCAGUUACCUUUUGAAUAAAUAUAGGUAUUAAGCAUUCAGAUUUAAGUUUUAAAAUUUAAUAAAAGUAUUUUAUGAGAAUGAUCAAGUGAGUCAUCACAGUUGCUUCAAACGUCACACUGGAAAUGGAAGGUCAAGUUGAUGCAUUGCAUUGUGGGAUAUAGUACCCAGCACAGUGUGCAAUUAUAGUAGGUCAUCUGGGUAUUCAAAGGAUGUAGAAAAUUUGUAUGCCAUCUUGAAAAGUGUACAUACAGAACAAAUAGUAUGGUAGUAUGCUAUUCCGAACAUAGCCAUUCACUUUAGCCUUUGACCCCUAUAGAAAACUCUCUGUCCUCACAAUGCUGGCACAUUGUAACCACAUAUCAGGAAAAAAGAAAAAACAGUACGCACAUGUUAACAUGCUAUACAUUCUUGAUUUCUUUCACAAAUAGCAUAAAGCUGGUUUGGGUUUUAAUCAAGUAUGAAUGUCUUUCAGUUUUGUGAUGUUUUGCAUAACAAGUGUUAUAUAUGUGCCUUGAAAAAACUUACCAAAUCACUGAGUUUGUGUGACUGAUGUCCCUCACACUUUGCUUCAUGUUUUUGUUGGUUAUCAUGGUGAAUGUUUUUUUUUUUUUUUUGUUGUUUUUCAAAUUAAUUUUUUAAUCAUUCCUUUUCUCUUUUAAUACUACGUUUAAGAUUUGACAAAAAUUGGAUUUAAAAAAGCUUAAGAAAAAUAAUGGUUCUACAGAUACAAUUGAUUUAAUACAUGCAUAUGGUUUGUAUUUUUAAGUAUUUUUCCUGGGGUGCAAUACUGACUGCAGUGUAGUGUUAUGACAUUACAGUCAUUUUUGUGUUAGUUUAGUAGUUUUUAACAAUUGUAAUUGUGUUUUACAGGGUUUUAUGUUUAGUGGAGUAUGUACUACCAAGUACCAAUUUAUCCAUCCACUGUUGACCAUUAAAAUAAACCCUGCAUGUACUAUUAUGAAAUACAAAAUGACCAAAGAUGCUUUUUUUAAACGCGUAUGAUCCUGUGUCAGAGCUUUAUUUCAUGCUGUAUGCAAAAACAGCACUGACAACAUAAAUGUGAAUGAGAGGGUUAAUGGAUCAGUCAAGCUCAGGAACCGUCAGCUAGAAAGCCAAAGUCAUUCAUUCCUUUCAAGAGUGAGUAUGUGUCUUUAUUUCUGUGGAUAUGUUCUCUUUAAUUGGCUCUUAAUUGUACAUAUUGAUUUUUUUUUUGUUUCACCCCCUUUUGUACGUCUGUG